GGUUUAUGGGAAUACGGGUGGGGAAACAUUAACGUGUCGGUUGUGGCUGCGGUUUAGACUCAUUGGGAUAAGAGGGAGUUUUCUUAUCAGCGCUUAUAGCUUCGGAAUGAAGAUGUGACUCCGUGCAGUAAAGAUGACUAGCGCAGAGGAUGCUGUGCAUGGCUAAUUUGUGAGCAGCAUGGACGAGGCUGCCAGCCAGCUGGAGAGAGACCAUGUUCACAGCGUGUACGAGAGGAUUGCGCCGUUCUUUAAUGACAGUCGCUACAAGGCUUGGCCAAGAGUCAAGCAGUUCCUGUUGGAGCAGGAGCCGGGCAGCAUCGUCGCUGAUGUCGGAUGUGGCAAUGGGAAGUAUCUGCACAUCAACGAAAGCAUCUUUAAGAUGGGCUGUGAUGUGUGCCGGCCCCUGGUGGAUUCGGCCUGGAGUCGAGGUCAUGAGGUUCAGCUGUGCGACGGCCUGCGUUUACCCUACAGAGACGGCUGCUUUGAUGCCGUGCUCUCCAUCGCAGUCAUCCACCACAUGUCGACCAAAGAGCGCCGCGUCCGGGCACUAAAGGAAAUCUCGCGUACGUUAAGAGUAGGAGGGCGAGUCAUGAUCUACGUGUGGGCCAUGGAACAGAAAAGACGCAAGUUUGAGAAGCAGGACAUCUUUGUGCCAUGGAACCCCAACCCUCCCUUAUCCUCUACCUCGAGAGGACGCCUCAGACCCAGGCUGCGCGGCGGCGGAACCCAGAGCAUUAGCGAAGCCACGGUGUCUGACGAAAUGCACAGGAACACAAAAAGCACAUCGUCAAUGGUGGAUGAAGAAGAUCCAGGGAGCCCAGCACAGCAGAGGAAGCAGAAGCUCUGGUUUUUCUCCAGGUCUCUGGACUCUGUGCUGGAUUUAAGCAGCCUCAGCGUGUCUCGCUCAUCCUCUAGAGAGCUCAGCGUUUUCUGCAGCCCCACUGACGAACCUGAGGCGAGAACCCAAGCGAGAAGCACAAGAGGGCGAGCUCUGAUCAGACAAGUGUCUAGCUUCUUCACAAACCCAUCCUCUAGGAACAGCCUAGAAGAGGACGUCUUCGAGCCGCACGAGCAGAUGCAGAAAGCCGAGUGUAGUGGCGUCGACGGGACGGUUUCGGUCGCGCUGGUGCAGGACUGCUCUUCAGUACCGUUACCGGAUCUGGUGUCUCGACAGAGGGAGUGCUCGGGGAGCGAACAUCUCGGAGAGGACGAUGCAGGAGAUAUCGGACAGGAAAGCGCGGUGUCCCUGACGCAGAAUGAGGAGUGGAGUAAAGACCAGCUGAACGAGUCAUGUCUGCGCUAUUACCAUGUCUUCAGAGAGGGAGAACUGACGCAGCUGAUCGAGGAACAUGUCGAGGAACUUCACAUCCUGCAGACGUACUUGGAUCAUGCCAACUGGUGUGUGGUGGCUGAGAAGGUCCAUGUGUGGAGGGUUUGAGUUUGUUUGUUUAUCUAAAUAUUUAUUUUUUUAAGUGUGUUUUUUUUUUUUUAAAUUGUUAGUUUUUUUUUGUUUUAUUUUAUUUUAGGAUUCGAAUCAUUUUGAUUUAAACAAUCUGACGUUCGGUUUGUAAUCGUCUCCCGGAAGCACGGUGAAGAUAAGAUCAUCUUAUCUGGAGAGAGAGAGAAAGAGAGAGAGUGUUCUAUGUAAUGCUCGCUCAACCGUUUAACACGAUCUCGCUGCUGUGACGCUUUUUAUUACGAGCUCAACAUUUUUCUUAUUGGCUUUUUCUGGUCUUUUUUAAGUUGUAAUUUAUACCGUACGUAUCUCUUUUUUUUCCCCCACUAACUAAGGCAAUGUAAAAGAUUUAAAAGUUUACUAAUAUCCCUUAUGGCACUGAUUUUCAUGGCAAAUACAAUACUGUUAGCUGUCUUAAGCAAUCCCUGCCUGAAACAGACGUCAACGCACAUCGUCGUACUGAACCAAACAAUGUGAGCACAUAACUAGCAUUUAAAUAGUGAAUGCUCCCUUCUCAGGAGUUUGUUUUUUCUCUCGUGUGAUGGUGGCGUAUCGUGUUUUAAUGUUUACUUACUUAAAGAUGAUCUGUUAUAUUGCUGCUUGUUGGAUCUCAGUACAUUGCACAAAACAAAUCCUCCCUUCCUAUAAAACUUAACUGCUGGUGUUGAACAUUUUAAUGCUGAUGUACUUUGUGUCUAUAUUUUUUUUAUUUGUGCCAUGCCACGGGUUUUUCCUUUGUAAACUUGAAUUUAUUUAUUAAACUGUGUUCUUACUGUAUAUUUAAUAAAUUGUGUAUAAUUGUAUGUGUAAGUGAAUAAAUAGGCUAUAUUUUAUUCUCA